ACAGUUGCCAGAGGCACGAUUCUGGCUUGGCAAUUCAAUCGGUUUCCAGAUUCAUUUUAAAAGACAUCCCCAUCGACGACGAGCCGCGCAUUAAUCCCGCAAAACAUCCGGAGAGGUUGUAUAAACAGAGAGACACCGCCAUGAAGACCGACAUUCUCGCCUUCUGCAUCCUGGCAACCACGAUCCUGGGCAGCGGGACACGUCACGUCGUCGGCUAUCUAACUUCCCAGACAUCCACAAAUGGAGGAGCCGGAGUCGAGGAGAAAGUGGGCGACCACCAGGGCGUUGCAUCUGGGCCACAGCGCCUGCAUCUGCCUGUUUUCGGGGUCGGAGGAGGACCCGUUCGCCAAGGACCUCCUUCGCUGGAUGUCCAGGAGGCCCAGGAACGAGCUGUUUACGAUCCUGGCGAUGAAUUACUACGCGCCCAGGAACUCGACGGAUUGGCGGUUGUUCCACCGGGGCCUGAAUUCUCCGACGCGGUCUACAACGAACUCCAAAUGGCCAGCAAGUUCGAGGUGCUCAAGAAGAUGGAGGAGGAUUUGCGGGCCGAGCAGGAACUGGUGGACAAAUCCGCUUUGCUCAUGAAAAUGCUCGAGGAUCCCUCACUGGAAACGUUGCCGCUGGUGUACGUCGAGGAGGAAGAGCCGGAGGCGGUGAUUCCUUCCGCCGGGGCCGAGGACUACGCCGACCUGGAGAACGCAGUUCAGGAUUUGGUUUUGGGCCAGAGCAAGCCGAAACGCUCGCGUUAUUAUCGCAGGUAUCCGUGGAAGCGCCACAACAAGAAUCGCGGUUCUUACAUGAAUUCUAUCAACAGCAACUAUGAACCGGAAUUGCGAUAUGCCUGUACGCCUAGUAAGGAGGAUAUUUUUAAGCUGCUGGUCAAUCUGCACGAGAAUCGCAAGGGCAAUCACAGCAAGACGGUUAAUUUCUGCAACCGCAAGCGUCCUGCCAAGGCGGUCUUCACCAACAUUAGGUUCCUGGGCUAAGUCGAAGGAUGUGUGGACAUUACACUGAUACACAACAACAACAACAAAACGAAACAAUAACAAAAACACCGACAGGACACUGACAGACACAUAUGUAUACCAAAGCAUCAAUUGUACAUUCUUG